ACGGAAUGUCCGGCCGGUUCUCCUUCCGUCGGGCUGUCUGGCUUUCUCUCUGCGCCUGUUGGCUGCGCAGGUCGGUGGAUUUCACUCAUUCCUUGCCUUGCUGGGAGGGACUAGGGGCUGAGGCUUUCUUUGUUCCGUUUAUCUACCGGCGUCUGACCCGGGAGAUUUCGCUCGACUCCAUGCUCCGUGGACUAUAUCUGCUCGUUUGAUAUAACGUACCCCUGUCGGUUAGGGUAUGCUUAUACUUGCUUACUGGUCUCACGUGGAUCUGAUCGUUCAUGCUUUGCUGCCCCACGUAGAGCUGACCACAGUCCGAUAUGCAUAUCAGUCGUUCGAUAUGUCUGGUUUUAACGACCUCGUUUACUGUCCAGCUGUCUAGUGCCUACGUCGCCCAGCCGAGGCAGAUCGAUUCGGAGAAAUGCACCCAGUCGACCGUGGCGAUUCUGGGAGGCGGGAUGGCGGGUGUUGCGGCUGCACAAGCGCUGGUCAACGCCUCCAUCGAUGAUUUCGUCAUCAUCGAGUACCGGGAUACGCUCGGCGGGAGAGUCUGGCAUACGGACUUUGGGGCCGACCAGAAUGGCAAGCCCUAUGUCGUGGAGUUUGGGGCGAACUGGUUGCAAGGUGUGGGGUCUAACGUGACGGAAAACCCCGUCUGGACUUUGGCCCAAAAGCACAAGCUCAAAAACACCUACUCCAACUACGACAACAUCCUCACCUACGAUGAAACCGGCUACACCGACUACCGGGACAUCCUGGCCGAGUACGCGCAGGCCAGCAAGAUCGCGUCCCGAGAAGCCGGUCGGAUUCUCUCUGAGAAUCUGCAGGACCAGACGGCACGCAGCGGACUCGCACUGGCCGGCUGGCGACCUCGCAAGGACGAUAUGAAAGCGCAGGCCGUGGAGUGGUGGAACUGGGACUGGGAAGCUGCCUCGUCCCCCGAAACCAGCUCCUUCGUGUUUGGCAUCGCCGGCGAAAACCUCACCUUCAACCAAUUCGGCCCCGCCAACCACCUCGUCCUCGACCCGCGAGGCUACAACCACCUCAUCACCGCCGAAGCCGCCACCUUCCUGACCCCCAACGACCCCCGGUUGCACCUCAACACGCCCAUCACGCACAUCUCCCACUCCCCCUCGGGGGUGACAACCCACACGGCAAACUCCACCUGCCACACCGCCGCCUACGCAAUCUGCACCUUUUCCCUGGGCGUGCUCCAAAACUCCGCCGUCACCUUCUCCCCACCCUUACCCCCGUGGAAACAAACCUCCAUCCACAAAUUCAACAUGAACACCUACACCAAACUCUUCCUCCAAUUCCCAUACACCUUCUGGCCCACCUCCUCCGAAUUCCUCCUCUACGCCUCCCCGUCCUCGCGAGGCCUCUUCCCCGUCUUCCAAUCCCUCUCCUCCCCCUCCUUCCUGCCCAACUCCAGCAUCCUCUUCGCCACCGUCGUCGCAGACCACGCAUACCGCGUCGAGCGCCAGUCCCUAUCCCAAACCAAAUCCGAUAUAAUGUCCAUCCUCCGCCAGAUGUUCCCGGACAUCGACGUCCCCGAGCCAGUCGCGUUCACCUACCCGCGCUGGUCCACCGAGCCCUGGAGUCUGGGCAGUUACUCGAAUUGGCCCGCGGGUACGACGUUGGAGAUGCAUCAGAAUUUGAGGGCGAAUGUGGACAGGUUGUGGUUUGCGGGCGAGGCCACGAGUGCGCCGUAUUUUGGGUUUUUGCACGGCGCGUGGUUUGAGGGGAGGGAUGCGGGGAGGGAGGUUGCCGAUCUAUUAUUGGGGAGGGGUUGUGAGGAGGAGGGAAGUAUGAAGAAGGGGAGAGGGAAGGGGAGGAAGGGGGAUGGGGAGGGAGGAUGUGGACAGCGUACGCAUUAUGAGGUUUUGCAUGGUACGACGCCGGCGGAGGCGUAUUCGGGGUUGAAUGGGUGGCCCGGGGGGUUGGAUUUGAGUAGGAGUGAGGAUGGGAAGGAGAGGGAGGAUUUAUGAUAUUUGUUUAUUGGAUUGGAUUGGAUUGGAUAGGUGUUUGGUUGGGUUAUGGCUUAUUGGUAUUCUGGUAUGAUGUGUUUAAGGACUGAUAUCUGUCAGCGGAUGGUUCAUUUCGGCAUCUAACUCAAUCUAUCUUUGAACCUUCU